AGCAUUUCCAGCGAAGAGAAUUACUCGAAUAGGGCCUCAGUUCCCCGCAGAAUCUUUGCGGAGAAGACGUAGCAAUGGCUUUCUUGCUAGUUUUAAUUUCGGUGGCUAUCGCUGUGACGAUUGUUGUGUACCAAAAAUUUGCCAAUCUAGUUCAAUAUGGGUCAAAAAUUGCCGGUCCUAAGGCGUAUCCAAUGGUGGGCAACGCGAUACGAUUUUUGAGUCUAACGCCAGCAGGAUUCCUGGAGGAACUUCACGCGCUCAGCAAGGAGUGGGGGAAGUGCUUCCGGAUCUGGUUGGGAGUUGAUUUGUUGAUUUUCCUGAUGGAUGCAAGAAAGGUGGAGACGAUUUUGAGCAGUCAGAAGUUUUUGGACAAGUCGAUCGAGUACGACUUCAUUCGGCCGUGGCUGGGGGACGGACUGCUUACGAGCAGCGGCCGGAAGUGGCACUCGCGACGGAAGAUCAUUACGCCGACGUUUCACUUCAAGAUCUUGGAGGAGUUUGUGGAGAUUUUUGACCAGCAAAGUACGGUGUUUGUGGAUCAGCUGAAGCUGAUGGCCGCCAGUGGAGAACCGUUCGAUGUGUAUCCUCGGGUGACUCUUAUGGCGCUGGAUGUGAUCUGUGAGUCCGCCAUGGGAACGAAGGUCAACGCGCAGCUCAACGCUGAUUCGGAAUACGUCAGGGCAGUUAAAGCAAUGACAAACAUAGUGAUUGUGCGAGCAUUUAAAAUUUUGGCGAGACUCGAUUUCACCUUCAAAUACACGCCGUAUGCCAAGAUUCAGAAACAGGCACUAGCAGUUCUUCACGGAUACACCGACAAUGUGAUCCAUAGUCGUCGAAAGGAGCUGGCGAAAACUCAUAGCCAGAAUGAUUUCUCUGAGAAUGACGUCGGCCAACGGAAGAAGGUAGCCUUUUUGGACAUGUUGCUGCAAGCCACCACCGAUGAUCGUCCGCUAACCGACCUGGAGAUUCGCGAGGAGGUCGAUACGUUUAUGUUCGAGGGGCACGAUACGACCACGUCCGCCAUGAGCUUCUUGCUGGGAGUCCUGGCGAAACAUCCGGAUGUUCAGAAGAAAGUGUACGACGAAGUGCGCAACGUGUUUGGAGACGACCCGAGCAAACCGGCAACACUGGCCAUGCUGAACGAGCUCAACUACCUGGACAUGGUGAUCAAGGAAACGCUUCGGCUGUACCCGUCGGUUCCGAUGUUUGGCCGGAAGAUGAUGGAGAAUCAUGAUAUCGAUGGAACGAUCUUCCCGGCCGGAUCGAACGUGAUCGUCAUGCCGUACAUCAUGGGUCGUGAUCCGGACUACUUUGAGGAUCCGCUGGAGUUCCGACCGGAGCGAUUCGCCGUAGAAACCUCCGCUGAGAAGAGCAACCCCUAUCGGUACGUUCCGUUCAGCGCCGGGCCCAGGAACUGCAUCGGACAGAAGUUCGCCGUUGCAGAGAUCAAGAGCCUGGUCAGCAAAACGCUGCGUCAUUACGAGAUUCUUCCAGAUACUACGGAGGAACCGGAAAAGCUUUAUUCAGAGGCGACUUUGAAGAAUGAGAAAGGUGUCAUAUUGAGAUUGAAGAAGCGUUCGUUUGGCAUUUUUACCUCAAAAUUUUCCUCAAUGGCUAUCUGGCUGGUGUCAAUUUUGGCCAUUGUGUUUGCCGUUGGGGUACAUUUGUACCAAAAGUUUGCCAACUUGGUUCAUUAUGGGUCCAAAAUUACCGGUCCAAAGGCAUACCCGGUCGUUGGAAAUGCACCGAGAUUUUUCAGCAUGACGCCAGCUGAAUUUCUGCAGGAAGUUCACCGGUUGAGUAAGGAAUGGGGAAAGUGCUUCCGAAUUUGGCUGGGUCCCGAUUUGCUGAUUGUGGUGACGGAUGCGAAGAAGGUUGAGACGGUUCUGGGCAGCCAAAAGUACCUGGACAAGUCGACCGAGUACGACUUUAUUCGACCCUGGCUGGGCGAUGGACUACUCACAAGCAGUGGUCGGAAGUGGCACUCGCGGCGGAAGAUCAUUACACCGACGUUUCACUUUAAGAUCUUGGAGCAGUUUGUGGAGAUUUUUGACCAGCAAAGUACGGUGUUUGUGGACCAGCUGAAGCCGAUGGCCGCCAGUGGAGAACCGUUCGAUGUGUAUCCUCGGGUAACCCUUUGCGCCCUGGAUGUGAUUUGUGAGUCCGCCAUGGGAACAAAGGUCAACGCACAGCUCAACGCAGAUUCGGAAUACGUCAGGGCGGUUAAAGCGAUGUCAAACGUUGCAUUUCAACGAACCUACAAAAUACUUGCAAGACUUGAACUAACCUUCAAGUACACAUCUUACGCUCAGAUUCAAGAAAAGGCACUAGCAGUUCUUCACGGAUACACUGACAGUGUGGUAAAAAAUCGUAGAAAGGAGCUUACGAAAAGUAAUGGCGAUCACAAUCAAAAUAACGUCAACGACAACGACGUCGGCCAACGGAAGAAGGUAGCCUUUUUGGACAUGUUGCUGCAGGCCACCACCACUGAUGGCCAACCUCUAACCGACCUGGAGAUUCGCGAGGAGGUCGAUACGUUCAUGUUCGAGGGACACGAUACGACCACGUCCGCCAUGAGCUUCUUGCUGGGAGUCCUGGCGAAACAUCCGGAAGUUCAGAAGAAAGUGUACGACGAAGUGCGCAACGUGUUUGGAGACGACCCGAGCAAACCGGCAACACUGGCCAUGUUGAACGAGCUCAACUACCUGGACAUGGUGAUCAAGGAAACGCUUCGUCUGUACCCGUCGGUUCCGAUUUUUGGCCGAAAAAUGCUGGAGAAUCACGACAUCGAUGGAACGAUCUUCCCAGCCGGAUCGAACGUGAUCGUCAUGCCGUACAUCAUGGGUCGUGAUCCGGACUACUUUGAGGAUCCGCUGGAGUUCCGACCGGAGCGAUUCGCCGUAGAAACCUCCGCUGAGAAGAGCAACCCCUAUCGGUACGUUCCGUUCAGCGCCGGGCCGAGGAACUGCAUCGGACAAAAGUUCGCCGUGGCCGAGAUCAAAAGCCUGGUCAGCAAGACGCUGCGUCAUUACGAGAUUCUUCCGGAUACGUUGGCUCCGCCGGAAAAGUUGCUGGUGGAGUUGAUUUUACGAGCUGAGAAUGGAGUUACGUUGCGGUUGAAGAAACGAAAUUGAUAUUUUUUUUCAAAUAAAUAUGGUUUAAAAAAUCGCA